GCGCUCGGGGCCCCGCGCUGCAGACGGAGCUGGUAACCAGCGCGCCGCGCGCGGCCGGGGACACUUUCCCCGAGUCGGCGCCAGGGCUCAGCGAGCCGCGCACCUGUCGCCGCCGGGGAACGAGAUGGGCUGGCGGGCGGGCGGCCCGGGACGUCGGCUGGGGGUCUGGUGGGGCUCCGGCGCUCACCGCCGCCCCCGAGGGGUGUCGGUCCCGACUCUGCCUCCGUCCCCGGGGCCACCUGGUGGCGGGACCGCGGCCCUGGGCUUGGCGAGCUCCCUGCCUCAGUGGACUUGUCUGUGAAAUGGGAACCGCACAGUGCGGGGGAGGCGGACGGGGAGUCAAUACAGCAGCUCGGGUUCCAGCGGGCGCCCCUGCCGCCCCCCUCCAGGACUGCCAGUUCCGCCUGGGCACCGUGCUCCGUGCGGGUGGGGGCCCAGGCCCAGCAGGACGACCGGUCCCGGGAGCCUGGGUUUCAGGGCGCGCCCCAGAGCCCACAAUUUCCCGGGCCCCACGUGGGGCCAUGCCGGGCCCUCUCUCGCGAGAGAAAACACAAGUGGGACAAGUCGGCAAAGGAGAUAGUGUUUACAUGGAAGCCGGCUCAGGAGUGUUGGAUGCUGAGAAGGCGGGGGCACCGAGGUUUGUCAGGUGUUUACCCAGUGGAUAUUUUGGAAGAUGACCCUGAAGGGUAUCGGAAGGCAGCUCUGGCUUACUACGCCCGACUCAGGGAAGGAGCACAGCCCUGCACAGAGGUUUUCUCUCUUCCCACUGGGGAGCAGGUUAAACUUGAAGUUUCGUCCGUUUGCUUUUGCACUGUGCACCGUGACGAACCUCAACACCAAAUACUGGUCUUGGUUAAUCCUCAGGCCACAAAGACAGUCGUGGCUGUUUACAUAAAGGAGUCCUGGUGGCCCCCCGAAGAUGUACUGAGAACCUCUGAUCCUGCACGAGGAGGUCUGAUGAAGGUUCAGUCGUUUGGGGAAAGGAUUGUGCUUUUCAUUCUAAAUGUCGUUAUUUUUGGAAGAUUGGAGAGAAAAUUGGAUGACGAUGACAUGUUUUUUUUGCCUCACUCUGUGAAGGAGGAGGCUAAGAUUCUGUGGAGAGAUGGAGCAGCCGUUGGAUUUUACACGACCAAAAUGAAAGGCAGCCUGUGUGGCGAUGGCCUGGGUGUGUGCUACCUGCUGCCCGUCCUUGACACCGUGUUCGUCAGGAGGAAACACCGUCGCCAAGGCCUGGGCGUGGCCAUGCUGCGGGACUUCUGUGCGACAUUCCGCGAGGACGAGGCCCUGGGCGUCAGCUGGCCAAUUUCUCCUGCCAUGUACCAAGUCUGCAGGAAGUUCCUGUCGGCACACCCAGAGGAGCGGGGGCGCCUGUGGGAGGUGGAGCCCCCGGGAGCCUGGGGCCAGCGAGGCAGCAUCUGGCUGAAGGUUCAACUUCAACAAUCAAGACUUCCAGACCCUCACCCAGGAAGUUCCAAGGAGGACGUGAGCAGUCCCGGGCCGACCUCUCGAGAUGAUGGACCCCGACAGGCCGAUGAUAGAGAAAGGAACAAGGAGAGGACCGGUGGAGAAGAACCGGAAAGGAUCAAGGAUGACCAAGACGGUGGAGAGGAAGACGCCUGCGGGGCUGAGCAGGACAGGAAGGACACCAAGAGGACAACGGUGGCCGCGGGGCUGGCCGGGGGUCCUGGAACAAGCAUGUGCGGCCCAGUUCCUGACACCCCGUGAUGCUGAUUGGAGAGCGAGCUGCUUGUCACUCCCUCUGUGCGACCUUAGCUGCCAUCCGUCCCUGCUGUCUUCUUUGUGACCUUUGAGGAGAAAGCCACCAUCCAGACCCGCCUACAAGGCAGACAGGCCUGCCGCAGGCUUGUGUGGGCUCAGGACGGUGCUUCCUUACACCCCAAGUGCUAUGCAGGUGCAAGUAACUGCUCCCCCAGCUCAGAUUGCGUAGACCUCAUAUGGUUCCUGUGAGUCAGGAUGAGUUUGUAAAGACUGCGCUGGAACCACACGAAUCUGCCGUUUUCUUUGCACAGGGCAGCUCCGAGGCCACGCCAGCCCGGUCCGCACAGCACAGAGCCUGUUCAGGUUUGCCCUGCCGCCUGACUGCCCUGAGACUAGCCACCAGGCAGCCCUCUCAGGAGACACUUACCUUUCCAGAAGCUGCCUGAGGAUGGGGGCCCGGGCUGACCGAGGCAGACCGUGGGCCUCUCAUUCGUAUUGGGCCUGGUAUACAGGAGGCGCUCAGAGUGGGCUCCAGACAGGAGACAUUAGCUCAGCCGUCACCUAAGUCAGAGGAGAAGCCACCGGAGGGGAGUUUGGGCUGAUGGCCCUGUAGCGUAUUGGUCCCUUGAGUGGGGCAGCUGUGGGAUUAAAGGUGACUGUAAAGGUAAGAGCCCAACCCAAAUGUGACACUGGCUUCUCCUUUCUCAAAUGACCUACGCAGCCCUGCUUGGGGCACACGCUCAGCCACCAUUGGGGAGUCAGCGCCAAGCCAAGGACUGUGCUCCUCAGGCCCUUAUUUUCUCAUCCUUCUGUCUGCCCAUCCAUUCACCAUCUAUCCGUGUGUCCAUCCAUCCGCCUGCCCUCUCUCCACUUAUCCCCAUCUCCCCAUCCAGCCAUCCGUUCAUCCUUUGUACCCACCCACCUGUCUGUCGGUUCAUUUGUCUGUCUGCAUGUGUCCGCCUGUCUGUCCAACCGUCCAUCCAUCUGCCCGUCCAGUUGUACCGCAGACAUUCAGCACGAUUGCUCGGGGCCAGUCUCUGCUGGGCACUGGGGAUGUACAGAGAGGCAGGUUCCUGGACCCAAGGAAACUGGUUUUUCUGGAAGGGUCUCUUCCGGACUGUCCCGCCCAUUAGAGAGAAGAGUCCAGUUGAGUAAAAGUAGUUUGGAGCUCUAUGUGGCGACAUCGCACAGUGCCCUGUGCAUGUGGGCUCGGUGCCGUGGGCAGAGUCAUACAAGUGCAUUCAGUGCAGCCGAGAGGGAGCUUUGCAUGAUUUCGGUAGAACCUUUAACACGCGACGUACGUGUGUGCUGGGAACACUGUCCUGUUUGAGAUGCAUGGUUGGUGCUUUGUCUAUACAUGAAAAUGAACUGAUGAAAGGCUCAGGUUUGAUGAAAUUUCUGUUUAAUAAAAGAACCCUUCCAAAAAAGAACUGAUGUAUGGAUGGAGCUCAUUGAAGGAUGUGUCAGCGAGCCGCCGUCAGAAGGAAAUGCUCUGGAGCCCAUAGCAGCCCUCC